GCCCGUGACCGCCCCUCAGCGGCUGGUCCGAGGGCUAGGUGUCCGUCCCCCCCUCCCACACUUAAUGCAAUCCCGGUUCCUGGUCCCGCGUAACGCGAUCCUGGGUUCCCGGCCCGCAGCCGCCUGCCAGGGGCUUGGCGCCGCCGAGGGCCGGGAGCGCGCGAGCUCGUACCCACGGCUGCGAGGAGGGCCUCCCCGGACCGAGGCGCGGAAACGGGGUGCUCCGGCCUCCCGCCCGCCGCCCGCCUCUUCUCCGCGGUCGCAAACGCCGUGCGCCCUGCGCGAUGGGUGCCAACGAGGACCAGGAGAUGGAACUAGAAGCUUUGCGUUCUAUUUAUGAAGGAGAUGAAAGCUUCCGGGAAUUAAGUCCGGUGUCAUUUCAGUAUAGGAUAGGUGAAGAUGGCGAUCCCAAAGCCUUCCUGAUAGAGAUUUCCUGGACGGAGACGUAUCCCCAGACGCCGCCGGUCAUAUCUAUGAACGCGUUUUUUAACAACACCAUCUCCUCAGCUGUAAAGCAGAGUAUCUUAGCCAAACUGCAGGAAGCCGUCGAGGUGAAUCUCGGCACCGCCAUGACCUACACAUUGUUCGAGUACGCCAAGGACAAUAAGGAGCAGUUCAUGGAGAACCACCAUCCCGGGAAUUCUGCGCCAACACCCAUAGCCAACAUCAUCACGGUUGAAACGCCCAGCACAGCCCCAUCGAGUAAGAAAAAAGACAAGAAAGAGCAACUUUCCAAAGCUCAGAAACGCAAGCUGGCAGAUAAAACAGAUCACAAAGGGGAGCUUCCUCGAGGCUGGAACUGGGUUGAUGUCGUGAAGCAUUUAAGCAAAACUGGUUCUAAAGAUGAUGACUAGCACCUGCCUACAGACGAAGCAAGAGCAUCCUUUGAAAAGCAGCCUGGAUCAACAUGUCUCCUUACUUUUUCUGGCACUGAGUGGCUUUUUACAAGACAUGGUUCUUUUGUGUCUUAAAAAAAAAUGUAAGUGGAAAGUCCAUGAAGCGAUUUGGUUGUAGUAAAUUAUUUUCACAAUCUUGCCUUAAUAAAAGGUGGAAGUGGAACCAUUUAGCGUACUCUCUGAAGCUGUUGAGCAUCAUUGGCAAUGGAUGGCUCUGAGGAGUGAGUCCGUGCUGACUUAACCAUCUGAUCCAAGCGAUGCAAUUGUUUUUAAAGGCCAGCAAAGCCGCUUGCAAACUGUCCAUUGAGUAGAGCCCAGUGCGGAGUCUCUGGUAUUCCACAGCAUGACCCAUGGCAAUAGGCCUCUCCCCUCAAGCCCCCAUCCCCUCCUGCUUAGGUGAUGAAGAGGAAGCUGUGUCAGCAAUCUGAGUACCGGGGUUGAGCUUUCAACGGUUCUCUUUGUAGUUCCUCGUCAUUUGUCAGCACUGAAUUACUUCUGUUAGUUACGCUUUUCUCGUGGUUUGAGUGAAGGUGUUUGAUCAUGACGGCUUUCAAUUCUAUAAAUAAUAAAAGAAUAUCAGAAGAAAAUCGAGGGGCUGGGAAAGAGCUCAGUAGUAAAGGGCUUGCUGCACAGGCCUGAGGACCUGAGUUCAGGUCCCCAGUGCCCACAUACGGAGCCAGGCCUGCACCUGACACCCAGAGUGGGGGGCGGAGCCAAGAGGAUCUCUGGUGUUUGCUGGCCAGCCAGUUAGGCUGCAUUGCUGAGCUGGUUCAGUGAGAGAUACGGUAGAGAGCAAUAGAGGAAGACACAUAACAGAUCUCUGGCCUCAACAGGAAAGCACACGUGCGUGCACCCAUCUGCACACACACACACACACACACACACACACACACACACACACACACACAUACACACCAUACACCAAACAAAACAAAAACAAAAAAUUUGCCAAAUACUUUGGAAAGCAUUUGAAUAAGUGCUAGCUCUUAUUUAAAAUAUUUCUCUUUGCUGCAUAUGCCAGGAUGAGUAUAAGAUGCCUUAAUAUUUGAUUUUUUGUAUUGUUGGAGACAGUGGUUUUAAUAAAUUCCUAUUAUCUGCUAUUGUGAUGUUUUGUUGGUAACUAAAGUCUUUCACUGGAUUCAGCAUUCAACACAUUUCACAUCCUGAGGGAGGUGCUUGACUUUGUGGGGGGUUGCUUUUUGGUGGGUCUUUUAUUUGUUUUUAUAGUGUCUUUUCAAAUAUCCGAACGUGUCUCUCAACCUCUGUAUCUUUUUAAUAAUAGACAUACAAAUCUUUCACAUGCUGAACUGUUGUUAUACAUGCUUGGUUUUUAAAAGAAUUAGGAGAGGAGACUUGCUAUAGUUUUACCUGGAAACUUACUGCUGUGUGUAUGUGAGUUAUGGUGACUGUGUGUGUGUGUGCAUCAACGUUGUUAGAAUGCCAGAUCGUACCUUGUAGUGUAGACCAACAAUUAGCUUUUAAAGAAGUUACCUUAGCAUAAGAGCAGAUUAAGAGGUAGGUAUCCAUGGAUUUUCCAAAGUUACCCUUGGCUUCAGUUAAAUUAUAUGAGCUGUAAAGUAAGUGUGGUUACAGUGAGUUUGCUGCCAUUUGAAAAAGCUGACUCCCAUUUUGUCCCUUGGAGUAAUAUUGAAAUUGAAGACACCCAGACUAUGACAUCUUUUUUUUCAAGGUUCUUUUUGUGCAGUUUUUAUUGUCAUCUUGAUUUGUUUGAUUUUUUUUUAAGAAACAUCUUAUAAUGGAAAAAAAAAGUGUUUUGUUCUGUUUUAAAGAUUAUUACACUUGUCCAAGUUAUUGUGGUUCUUAGAUUGCAAAGAAUAUGCUAGUUAAAUGCCAAUGAACUAUUUUUACUCUUUUUCUAUGAAUUGUACAAAUCUCUGGGGCAGACGGUGGCAGGGCUGCCUCCCGUUACCUUAUAUGAGCACUUCCAUCAAUGCUGCCGUCAUCCGGUAAUGCUCCCAGUCUAUUUUCUCAGAGUCUAUUUACUCAAGAUUGUAUGGAAUGACCUGACUGAUAAGCAAUAAAGUCUGAAUUAUAGUGAUUUUUUUCUAUA